UGCAACUUUUCAACGUCAAAAAAAUAGAUAGUCAGUAGCAGCAGCAAUGGAGCCAUAUAUAGAGGACAGAGAAGUUUUUAUUGUAUCAUUGGGGAGAACGGCUCAGGGAAGUUUCCAAGGAGGAUUAUCAGGAUUGACGGCGGUAGAACUUGGGGUACAUGUAGUUAAACAUGUGGUUGAGAAAUCGGGGAUUAAAGCGGAGGAAGUUGAAGAAGUGAUAAUUGGGAAUGUGAUAUCGGCGAAUCUUGGACAAAAUCCAGCAAGACAAUGUGCAUUGGGGGCAGGAUUAUCAGAAAAUACAGUAUGUACAACGGUUAAUAAGGUUUGUGCAUCAGGAAUGAAGGCGGUGAUUCUUGGUGCACAAUCGAUUAUGGUUAAUACAGCAGAUAUUGUUGUAUCAGGAGGAAUUGAAUCUAUGUCUAAAGUGCCAUUUUAUAAUACAUCAGUGAGAUCAGGGUCUCGAUAUGGUCAUAUUAAACUUAUAGAUGGACUUAUACGAGAUGGAUUAUCAGAUGCAUAUAGUGAUGAGCCUAUGGGAAUAGGGGCGGAGUCAUGUGCAAUUGAAUAUGAAAUUAGUCGAGAAGAGCAGGAUGAUUAUGCAAUUUGUAGUUAUAAAAGGGCACAAAAAGCGCAAGAGUUGAAUCUUUUUAGAGAGAUUAUCCCGAUAAAAGUGUGUUUAGGUGCUAAAAAGGUAGAUAAGAUAAUUGAUAAGGAUGAGGAGAUAUCGAAUUUGAAUGAGGAGAAGCUUAGAAAAAUUAGGCCUGUUUUUAAGGAAGAUGGGACAGUUACAGCAGGAAAUUCAUCUACUAUAAGUGAUGGGGCAGCAGCUUUAGUUUUAGUAUCAGGAAAAAAGUUGAAAGAAUUAGGAUUAAAGCCUAUUGCGAAAAUUCUUGGAUGGGGAGAAGCUUCUCAGAUACCUAAAAAAUUUACUACGUCACCGUAUUUAGCUAUUUCUAAAGCUUUAAAAUCAUCGGGACUUUCAAGUUCUGAUGUUGAUUAUUAUGAAAUAAAUGAAGCAUUUAGUGUAGUAGCACUUGCGAAUUCAAAAAUUCUUAAAUUGGAUCCAGAUAGAGUAAAUGUUUUUGGAGGAUCAGUAGCUAUAGGGCAUCCUUUAGGAUGUUCAGGUGCACGAAUUAUUACAACUCUUCUAUCUGUUCUUCAACAUCAUAAAGCCAAAAUAGGAGUAGCAGCAAUAUGCAAUGGAGGAGGAGGAGCAUCUUCAAUAGUCAUAGAAUUUCUUAAUUCUUUUUAAUCAUUAAUUAUUUGUUAAAAAAGUUUUAAACUCAUUUAUUUA